GGCCAGACGUGUUUUGUGACUUCAAUGGCAAGAAGUACAGCCCGGGUGAGAGCUGGCACCCCUACCUGGAGCCACAGGGGCUGAUGUACUGCAUCCGCUGCAGCUGCUCCGAGAAUGCCAACAUCAGGUGCUCCCGGAUCCAGUGCCCGGCUCUGCAGUGUGCCAGCUCUGUCACGGACCCCCAGCAGUGCUGCCCACGGUGCCUUGAGCCACAUUCCCCUUCUGGCCUGCGGGCACCCAUCAAGUCCUGCCAGUACAACGGGACAACCUACCAGCAAGGGGAGAUGUUCACCACCAGCGAGUUGUUCCCCAGCCGCCAGCAGAACCAGUGUGUGCAGUGCAGCUGCUCUGAUGGCCAGAUCUACUGUGGCUUGGUGACCUGCCCGGAGCUGUUGUGUUCCUCUCCCCUCACCGUGCCGGACCCCGGCGGCCAGGUCUGCAAAGAUGGCUCACAUGAGAAGUCCACAGAAGAGGAGCCCCCGCAGUUAAACAGAGGUGUUAGACACUCACAAGACCAGUGCUCAGGGGAGGCCUUGGGCAGGAAGCCACCCGGAGCCACCGUGGCCACUGUCCUCAGCUCUUCCCUGGAGUUCAUCCCCAGGAGCUUCAAACCCAAGGGAGGAGGUGGCACCACCGUGAAGAUCGUCUUGAAAGAGAAGCACAAGAAAGCUUGUGUGUACAAUGGGAAGACCUAUUCCCAUGGGGAAGUGUGGCAUCCUGUCUUCCGGCUCUAUGGCCUCCUGCCCUGCAUCCUCUGCACUUGCAGGGAUGGUGUCCAGGACUGCCAGAAGAUCACCUGCCCCAAGGAGUAUCCGUGUGAGCAUCCGGAGAAAGCAGAUGGGAAGUGCUGUAAAGUAUGUCCAGAAACCAAAGUCAAACCCACUGAUGAGACAGGCACCACUCUCUGUGGCAAGAACCCCAGCCGCGUCCUGGUGUACAUGUUUGUGCCACCCAGCUCCGAGUCCUCCAAGGAGAUCCUCAGGACGAUCGCAGUCGAGAAGGAGCCUGCAGAAGAGGUGGAGAUCUACAACUGGAAGCUGAUUAAAGGAAUAUUUCAUCUGAUCCAGACCAAGAAGAUCAGCAAACAGGAAUUCAAGCAGGAAGCACAGAACUUCAGACUCAUCACCAGGACGAAUGAAGGUCACUGGAACAUCUUCCGAGCCCAGACAUCAGAGCUGCGGAUGACAGAGAGCCCAGAGAAAGAGAGAAAGAACUUGUAA